CGGAAAGGGGGAGUGGCGGAGAACUCAGGGAUACCCGCUAUUCGCGAGAUGUGGGAGGAGGGUCAGAAAGUCAACACACACACACACACACACACAUACACACACACAAAAAGAGGAGAGGGCGGCAAGGAGAAAGAAGGCGAGCGAAAGAUGGAUGAAGGAGCCUCCUCAGCCGGAGGAGGCGACAACAAAGCGGCGGCGGCGGCGGCGGCAGCGGCAGCGGCGGCUCCUCAACAUGGCAGCGCCGAGCGCGGCCACUUCCGGUAACCUCCGGGACGCACCACCGCGGCGGCGAGCGCGGGCGGGGGGGGAGCCCCGGCCCGGCCGCCGCCGCCCCCAACUGCCUGGACCCCCUCCGGGCGUCCCCGCGCCCGGCUCGCAGCCUCGGAGCUCAGCCAGUGCCCUUGGGCGGUGGGGUCAGGGCCCCUGCGGGGGGGCCGGGGUGGGGCUGGGGGCGGGGAUGGGGCGCGGCGUCCCCCCCCGCGGGGGUGUGUGGUGCUGCGGUCCGCAGCUCUGGCAGCUGGAGCAGGGGGAGCUCAGGAGAGAAGAUGGAGGACGCCAGGGUCUGGCGCUGGCCGCCUGGGCACAGCUGGGCCGUUUCGCGUGACUCGGAGUCGGUGCCCAGCAGUGUCGCCUCCGUGUCAGACCCUCAACGGAGGACACAGACCUCAGCGAGCAUCAGGCUCUUAAGUCACACACGGCACGGCCCGCGCCUCCAAAUUGGGGGACGUCCCUUCGACCUCAUCUCUCCUCUUUGGCAUCUCAUCCCGGGCAGGCGAAGCUUUCGGCGCUCUCGUCGAGACAAGCCAUCGCCCUCUGAAUGGCCUUCCAAUUCAAGCUGGAAUCCCACUGGGGUGCAGCCUUAGAUCCUCCCAGUGUUGAGGGAAACACUUCCCACGCUUAGAGAUGUCAUUACUGGGUUAUUCUUGGGUGAAGGGCUGAGCUUCACCUCCUCCCCUUCACUCCAGUUAUGAAGUGAAAUUCUAUCCCCUAAACCCCUUCCUUUCCUCUCCCGCCAAAAUAAGCACAAAUAAAAAAUAAAAACAAGUGAGAAAGCGUAGACAUAAAA